CACAUUACUGUCUACAGGUUAGCCUCUAUUUAUGUCUCAAUUUCAUGACUUCUCCCACUAAUUUAUUCAAAACAGCCUCAAGAGCUUUAAUAUGGGUUUCAGGACAAUGAUGAUGAACGCUACCCCUUCCUAUCACAACAACACAACAUCUGGAAAAAACAACCUUAUGUAUAUCGACAAGUAUGCCGAGCUGAGAAAGUCUCUAAACACCAUGUCUCUCAUUAUUUACUGCCUGGCUUUUGUUUUUGGUGUGCUCGGGAAUGGACUGGUUAUCUGGGUGACCGGGUUCAAGAUGAAGAAAACAGUUAAUACAGUUUGGUUCCUCAAUCUCGCUGUGGCUGACUUCCUCUUCACAGCAUUUCUGCCCCUGAAUGUGACGUACCUGGCUCUGGGUUUUAACUGGCCGUUUAUGUGCAACCUGAGCAGCACAUUCAUCUCCCUAAACAUGUUUGCCAGUGCCUACAUUCUGGUGGUGAUCAGUGUGGAUAGAUGUGUGUCUGUGGUGUGGCCUGUCUGGACCCACAACCACCGAAGUCGACGUAAGGCGUCCUUUGUGAGUCUGGGUGUUUGGAUACUGGCUCUGAUUCUCAGCACUCCGUACUUAAUCAUCGGGGACACUGGGCCGUCAUAUAACAGUGAAAAAAUCAUCAACAGCUCCAACAACCUUGCUUUUUCUGAUGAUAAUGGAAAACCAUCUGUGAUUCAGCUGGGGCAGUUUCAUCAUCAGGCCAAGACCGUCACCCGUUUCCUCCUGGGCUUUGUUGUCCCCUUCACUGUCAUUGUCUCCUGUUAUUCUGUGAUAAUCCAUCGAAUCAGAAAAAGCCGCACCCUGGCCAGCAAGUCGAGUCGCCCCUUUAAGAUCAUCGCUGCAGUUAUUAUCUUAUUUUUCCUGUGCUGGGCUCCCUUUCACAUCAUGGCUCUAAUUAAGUUAGUGAGUUUCAUACCGUCUUAUCAAAGUGAAACAUUAUUCUAUGUCACCACCAUCGGGAUCCCUAUAACCACCGACAUGGCCUAUAUCAACAGUUGCUUGAACAUAGUGCUGUAUGUGCUCAUGGGCCAAGAUUUCAAAGAUAAAUUCUACAAAUCCAUCAUGAAAAUAUUUGAGAAUGCCUUCCAGGAAGAGGUCUCUGGCUCUCACACUGACUCAAAGUCAGCUGGCACCAGUCAGAGCAAAGAGAUGUCAGCUCAUACAUAAUACUGAAGUAUAAGGCUGUCUACAUGAGGAAACAAAUACUGUGUCUGUGCAUAGCAAAUCAUUUUGAUACAAAUGAUAAUUUAUGUGUCCAAUUACAUACUACUUACAAGGACUAUCAAUGGACUGAACCGGUGAUUAUAUUGUACAAUAACUUGUGAUGCUGUUUGAGAGCUAAACCUUUGCUGAACAGUAUGGUCGUAGAUUGUUUUUAUUGGAGCAAAUGGAUGUACCUAAUUCUGUCAUUGACUGCUCUUUGAAUAUCAGCAGUGCCUUCAGUCUGUACCAUAAUAAAGCUAAAGGUGACUGUAAAAUGUUAUUUCAUGAACAAAAGAACCCAGCAGUUAUUUCAAAAUAGGCAUUACAUGAGUUUAUGGUAAUAUUUGUGCAACAGAAGUAGCAUAACAAAUAUGGUUUGAUUGACAGCGGGAGUGCUGUUUUUUUGUUUUUUUCCAGUUGGCCCUUAACAACCAUUUCCUUGCCUGUAUGUGAAAAAAAAAACAUGCAAGCAACAUCAGCCCCAGCAAUUUGUAUUUCC